UUCCAAACUUGAAAAAUGUUGUGUUUUGUUUUCAGACAAGCGGUGUGGUGCUAUAUAUCCAGAUGCAGUUGUGUCAAAGGUCACUCCGGGAUUGGCUGGUCAGUAGGAAUGCGCAGGCUGCCUUAUUACAUGACCCCUUUGGUGGUGUCUCUGAGGAUGACAACAUGAGACUAUUCCAGCAGAUUCUACAGGGAGUGAACUACAUCCACUCACAGGGACUCAUGCACCGGGACCUCAAGCCUCCCAACAUUUUCCUGAUGGGUGAGGAUGAACAUGUGUGCAUCGGUGACUUUGGGCUGGCCAGGGAAGACCUGCGGGACACCCACGGGUCCAGUCCCCCCCUCACACCCCUGGAGAUGCCCGACGUCAUGGCGGGAGAGACCACGCACACAUCGGGGGUGGGCACGUGUACAUACGCAUCACCAGAACAACUCAAGGGAACCACGUAUAACAGUAAGUCUGACAUGUACAGCAUGGGAGUCAUCUUGUUUGAGCUGUUCCACCCCUUCGGGACUGAGAUGGAACGUGCCAAGUCUAUCCAGGACUUCCGAGAAGGCAGGGUUCUACCACAAGUCCUUGUGGAAAGAUGGCCGAGACAGUGUGACUUUAUGCAGCUACUGACCAGUGAUGAGCCCAAGUACAGACCAAGUGCCAAAGAUAUCCUCAAGAGUGAUCUUUUCCACGACAAGGAUAAGGUUAUCGCCAAUUUGAAAGCCAUGGUUGACAAGCAGUCCAGGGAAAUGGCGGAACUGAGAAGACAACUGAAGGAAAGGGAGGACAUGUUGUUGCAACUCAGGAGGGACAGAAGUACACAUUAAAUAUGAAUCCACGUCAUACAUGGAGAAAAACAUAUACUAUUAGGAAUGUUGAUUUGACUAUACAAAUGACAUCCUCUGGGAACCCCAAAACUGAUGGGAAGGACAAAAAAACAGUUUGGCCAAAAAAAGUUGCCUUCAUUAUGAAAAAGUGGUCAGGAUGCACAUGACUGAAUACACAGAGAAGUAUCGAACAAUUAUAGAUUUUCCAUAGGUUCUUUCACAUCUGACAUUUGGAUUUACUUUGACAUUCAGCUACGUUAGUAUCUGUUUUCUGAUAUUGUUUGCAAUUUACGGCAUGUGCAUGCGUGUUCUUUUGCUGAUAUUGUAGCUGCUUUGUACAAACUUCAUAAUAAGAUUGGUUCUUCAAUCAAAAUAGUAUGAAAUGUAUGUGUAUACAUUUGUAAUAUUUUAAGAUUUUGUUUUGUGCAAGGCAAACUGUAAGCUACACUUCUCAACAUGACUUCAAGCAACAUGAAGCAAUGUUAUCAAAUACAUAGACACAUAUGUACUACCACUUCUACCUCAUGAUUGAACUCUGUUUUGAUUUUUUUUGUGCAUAUUUCUACAAACUGUUAGUUCCCAGUAAAAAUUCUUAUGACACGAAUUCAUGUGAAAGAGUUACCGAGUCUUGCAGUUUUAAUUCAGUGCAGUAUCAACUGGUACCCUUGUUACAACUAUGAAGUAUGUCUUUGAAUUGAUGAAAACAUUUUGUUAGUGAAAA